AUGUUUCAGGAGUUGCAGGCACAGAAUGCCAUCGAUAAUGAGGCCAGAUGUGGCAAAUUAGAAAGCGAAGUCUCAUCACUUAAGACCGAGAUUUUGCAACUCAAGGAUUUGCUCGCUGUAGCUAUAACCGAACGAAACAUCGGAGAGCCAUCAGCAUCUUCGAAGCCUUCUAGUGUUGUCCUUCCUCCAACUGUCGUCCCCACUAAGCCACAACGAAAGAAAAGAUACAAAGAAGUGGAUGCAUUCGCAGUCAUGAUACCUCGUAUUGUGAAAGAAGUCCAGCUACCUCAGAAGAAGAAAAUCUUAAACGUUGCCCCAUAUUCAGUCAUGUAUGUGCCUGUUGCGAACGACCUCAACAAAAAUGGUUGUGACUGCGGUGUGUAUGCUCUGAAAUUCAUUGAGUGUCAUGUGCUUGGACUUCACAUUUCCUUGGUGAACGAUGACAAUAUUGAAAAAGCUAGGAUUAAGAUUGCAACUGAUCUGUUGCAGGCAGCAACUGAUGAGGUGUUGGUCUACCGAAUGUCUCAGUACCAAGCUCCCACGUUUGAAACUCCAAGUGAGGUUGUAGACGUUGAGUUGGUUAUUUGA